GCGUUUUUCUUCCGGCUCUCUUUUCUCUCCCUUCUCUCCAAAGUCCCCACCCUGUGCCUCUCCGGCGACCUAUCCUUUUCUCCGCCGAUAGAUUCCGUCAUCUUCUUACUCCUCAAUUUCCUCACACUGAAAGGACUUAUCCCCUUGUUUUGCGACAAGUUCCAAUCCCUUCUCACUCUUCAACUUCGUUGUGCUCAGCGGAUGGUUCCUAAAUUUUUUUAAGUUAAUGGGUACUGCACUUCAAUAUCCGCGUCUUCUUUUUCAAGACACAACCCAGAAGCAGCUCGGUCUAUGUAGAAAUCUUUCAUGCCAAGGCAGCAAGCAUUUCCGUGCCAGCCCUGUUCCAAGGCGAAUUCACGUGGGAGUUGUGAAAUGUGUAAACUCAGAAAGAACAUCAGCAACAUCACAUAAGAUAACUUUUCCUAUAAUGGUUAAUGACUGCACUGGCAAAAUGGGUAGUGCCGUGGCUGAAGCUGCAGUUUCUGCAGGGCUUCAGUUAGUUCCUGCAUCAUUCACUUGUCCAGAAAAAUCUGGUAAUGUGGUUCAUAUAAAUGGAACGGAUGUGCAGCUGCAUGGUCCAUCUGACAGGGUGGGCAUACUUAAGUCCAUCCUUGAUGAAUAUCCAGGAGUAGUUGUGGCAGAUUACACCAUACCUGCUGCAGUUAAUGAAAAUGCUGAGCUCUAUUGCAAAGUUGGUGUACCUUUUGUCAUGGGUACUACUGGUGGAGAUAGGCAAAAACUGAUGGAGACAGUGAAAGAUGCAAAUAAUUAUGCAGUGAUUGCACCACAGAUGGGAAAACAGGUUGUCGCAUUUCAAGCUGCUAUGGAGAUUCUAGCUGAACAGUUUCCUGGAGCCUUUACAGGCUAUUCUCUUCAGGUAAUGGAGUCACAUCAGGCUGGAAAACUGGACACAUCUGGAACAGCUAAAGCCAUCAUUUCUUGUUUUCAAAAGCUUGGUGUCUCAUUUUCUGUGGAUCAGAUACAAAUGAUCAGGGAUCCUGUAAAGCAGGUUGAGAUGGUGGGGGUCCCAGAGGAGCAUCUGGGUGGCCAUGCAUUUCACAUGUAUCAUCUCACUUCACCUGACAACACUGUUUCUUUCGAGUUUCAGCAUAAUGUCUGUGGUCGUUCUAUCUAUGCUCAGGGCACUAUAGAUGCUGCCUUCUUUUUGGUUAAGAAGAUGCAAUCUAAGGCAGACAAGCGGCUUUACAAUAUGAUUGAUGUUUUGCGUGAGGGAAAUAUGAGGUGAGCUAUAUUUGACAACCCUUCCUACUCAAAUUUCAGUUGGCGUUUCAGUUCGAGUUUGAGAGAUUAUGUCAUCUCUGCUUUCUUCAAAUUUUGUACCGAUGAAAAUUUUGUAUCAAGUUGUUCAUUGUUGUACGCUGGUUGGACACGAAGCUCUUUCGUAUCCCAACUUGAUAUAUUAGUCUGUACCAAAUCACCAUAACGUUUAUGGAGCAACACUGCCUUAAUGAUGGAGAUUCUGGAAAAUAUAUGGAGCAACAUCUGUUUGCUUUACACUCA